CACACCGACGUGUUGAACGCUCCACCUGUUGGAGGAUGGUGUGCUGCGGGGCUGGUGUUGCUCCCCCACCCAGCUGACAACAGCUCAGUUCCGGGUUCUUUCCAGCCGGAGAGCUACCGCCUCACCACCACCACUGCUGCCGCUGCUUCACACCCGGGAUCAUGUCGCUUUUACUGGACAACCAGUUCAAGGAGCUGCCCCCCGACGGGUCCGUGGACACCAAGUUGUUCCUGGAGGCCGUUUCCCACCUUCCGCCUUUCUUCGACUGUUUGGGAUCAGCAGUGUUUUCAGUCAUCAAAUCUGACAUUAAUGGAAAUAUCACGAAAAUCCGAGCCGUCUACCUCAAGGAUCCUGAGAAGUACGUCACCCUGCAGGACAUCCUGGAGGUGGAGCGUGAAGCCCACGGAGCAGCGUGGCCCAAAGUUGGAGCAACGUUAGCUCUGAUGUGGCUGAAGAGGGGUCUCCGUUUCAUCCAGAUCCUGCUGCAGAGUUUGGUGGACGGAGAAAGAGACGAGAACAACCCCAACCUGAUACGGGUGAAUGUCACCAAAGCCUACGAGCAGGCGCUGAAGAGAUACCACGGCUGGAUCGUGCAGAAGAUUUUCAGUACGGCGUUAUACGCAGCUCCCUACAAAUCCAACUUCCUCAAGGCGCUGUCAAAGGGAGAGGAAGUGAAAGAGGAGGACUGUCUGGCAAACGUGCACCACUUCCUGGUUAAUUACACCGCCACUAUAGACGCCAUCUACAAGAUGUACACCGAUCUAAACGCAGAGCUGGACUACACCGUUUGACGUGACUGGGACCCGGAGGACCAGGAGAAGCCUCUUGAAGCCCCGCCUCGUCUGUCAACUCUCUCCCGGCUGUCAGACGAGGUGAUUUCAUCAGGGUUGUUGUAAUUUGUUCAUUCUGUUUGGUAUUUAUUACAUUAAUCAUAGCUUAAAACGUAUUAAUACUGCAAAAUCCUUGGAUUGAAACGACGAUUCAAGCUGAAGGUUAUGUAUUUCCGCGCUUGUAUAUAAUGUCAAGUAAUUGAAAGAUUGUUAUCGAUGCGCUCACACUUUAUGAAGGAUUGUGUUGUUGUGUGGGCGGUUGCUGAGUGUGUGUGUUGAGUGUUGGCCUUCACCUGUUCCAUUGAGAGAAGACUAUUAGACUGUAAACACUGUUAUCUCUGCAAAAACAUUUCUGUUGGUUUUUGGUGUUCACUGCGUCCUGAGCCCUGGGGGGGAUGGGGGGGGAGUCAACUCAGCUAUUAACCUGGGAGCAGUUGAACAGUUUGUUCUCAGCGCUUUCAUGGUGUCACCGAACAAAUACAAAGUGUUUUCAGAACAUGCCCCGAAUUAAUUAAUUUAUUUGCCCGUAAUUCAGUUUUAAAGAGGGAAUUUGUUUUUUCUUUUGACCUUUGCGUCUUUCAAGUUUGUUGUGGUGAUCAUGCUGUGUGUUGUUUUGUGUCCUUUUUAUGUAUAAAUUUAACUUAAUUAAAACAUUUUACAUCAAAA